GAGAACUUCAGCGCCGUAAUCGUAAUCAUUGUUUUGGUCGCUCGAUUCGAUUCGACAGAGGAGGGGCGGGCAUGAAGUGGUGGUUUCGGCGCCUUUUCGGCCCUUUCGACGCGUGAACGAGCAGCAUGUCGGGGGAGGACAGCAUGUGCAACCCGGUGCAGCGAAUGGCGCAGGACGCGUGCAAGCCGGGCGCGUCGGCACAGCGCGCCGAAAAGGAGCACCAACUCGCCACCAGCACCAUCUUCACGGAGCCGUCGGCCGGCGACGCCACCGCCCACGACUACAGCGGCUACGACAUCGUCAAGGCCACGCAGUAUGGCGCUUUGGAGCGUGUGCGCGAGCUGAUCGAAGGGGGCGUUGACGUGAACGCCGCGGACGGCGAGACGGUGACGCUGCUACACUGGGCGGCCAUUAACAACCGUCGCGAGUUGAUUCGCUACCUGAUCGGCGUGGGCGCCAUCGUGGACGCGGUGGGCGGCGAGCUGCAGUCGACGCCGCUCCACUGGGCCACGCGUCAGGGCCACCUCGGCUCCGUGGCGCUGCUGAUGCAAUAUGGCGCCGACCCGACGCUGCGCGACGGCGAGGGUUGCUCGUGCAUCCACCUGGCGGCGCAGUUCGGCUUCACCGCCGUCGUCGCCUACCUCGUCGCCAAGGGCGUCAACGUCAAUCUGCAGGACAAGGCUGGCAUGACGCCACUCAUGUGGAGCGUCUGCAAGAACCAAAACCUGGAUCCUACACGGCUGCUUCUGACAUUUGGUGCAUCCACGUCUGCGCAGGACAAACUAUACGGCAACACGGCAAUGCACUGCGCCGUUCUUGCCAAGAAUCCUAUAGCGAUGACGCUGCUCAUCGACCAUGGUGCUAGCAUCGACAUUCCUAACAACCAGGGCAUGACUCCGUACAGCCUUCUUGUGAUAAAUAAGGCUGCCAGCUGGAUGAACAACAAGACCAUGGAGAAGGUGCACGAGUUGGGCGGAGCCACGAGGCGUAACGCCUGUCACAGAGUCACUAGAGAUAAGAGGUUGCGCUUUUGGUGCAUGAUGGGCUCGCCAUUCUUCGCCUUUUACCUGGUGGGCGUGAUCCUGGAGCUGACGCUGCCGACGGCGGCCAAGCUGGGCGUGUUGAUGCUGCUCUUCGUGGCCUUCCACUUCGGCUCGAGCGUGGUGUUCGACGAGCGUCUGUCCAACAUCCUGCCGAUGGCCAUCUACCUGGCCACCAAGUUCUGGAUGUACCUGGUGUGGCUGCUGCGGCUGGCGGCCGUUCUCCCGGCCAUCGCCACAAUCGCUUUCCUCGCCUCCUCUCUAAUCCUCUGGUACGCCUACCUCAAGACCUGGCGCGGUGACCCUGGCGUCGUCGCCACCACCAUGGACCAGAAGUUCAGGGUGAUCAUCGAGCUUGCGGAGCGGGACGGAUUCGAGCCGCAAUGGUUCUGCAGCUCUUGCCUGGUGCGUCGGCCAAUCAGGUCGAAGCACUGCUCAGCGUGCAACCGGUGCGUGGCCAAGUUCGACCACCACUGUCCGUGGGUGAACAACUGCGUGGGCGCCAAGAACCACCGGCACUUCAUGCUCUUCCUAGUCAUGCUGCUGGUCAUGUGCGUCGCCAUGUUGGCUGGCUGCUGCGCCUAUUGGCACAUCACCUGCCCCCGCGCCGUCAACGAAUCGCUCCCCUCCUACGUGCUGACAGUCAUGGCCUGCGACACGUGGGUGGCCUGGAUCGCGGUGCACGCUGGCUUUCAUUCACUCUGGGUCUUAAUUCUGACCCUCUGCCAGGUUUACCAGAUCGUGGUGCUGGCGAUGACCACGAACGAGCGGAUAAACUGCGGCCGGUACAAGCAUUUCAAGUCGAAGCGUCGGAGUCCGUGGCACCGCGGCUUCUUCCAGAACGCGGUGGACUUCACGGGCGUGCGUCUGUGCGGGCUGCUGCGUCCCGACCGGACGGACUGGCUGGAGCAGUUCGAGUUCGAAGGGCAGGCGGACCAAGUGCCGCUGCUCGAAGCCAAGGACAAUUUUCAGUACAUUUGAAUGAAACACAGUGUAACAUUUCGGGGGGUAAGCACACGAGUUUUUAUUUUUCUAUUUAUUGAUUGUGUCCGAUUGGUUCAUGGUUGAGCGGCUGUCUUAAGUCUACUUACAUCGAAAACACUCGUACUCGCUACAGACGCGUGAGAAUUAGUUAAGCAGCAGCAGUAUUAUACACGUAAAUGAUACAUAAUCUUAAAGCAGUGCGAAAAACGGUAGGAAAAUAAAAUAAUAAUUUACACACACGAGACAGACAGAUACAGAUACAGCGAUAGAGAGAGAGAGUAAGAGAGGAGAAAGGCAAAAUUACAGAAGAAACGCGCACCUUCCGUCGUCGUAAACAACGUAAGAAAUAUCACAUUCGAGUGCAAAGGCCCUGAGUCAGGUCCUUUGGACGCGACAGAGCCGUGUCAAGUGGCGAUUUUAAAAUGAUUGAUUGAAGCAUGUCGGCCGAACGAAUAAAUCGAGAGAACAAACUUGA